AAGUUCGAAAAAAAAUAGUUUGUAUAUUUAAAUUGUAUUUUUUUUCAGUACACCGACGACGAAUUAAUUAUAAUUAACCAUAAAAAGGAAUAACAUUCAAUACAAUGUCAUGAAUUUUUCUGUCCAGGAAUUUAUGUUCGGGAGGCAAAGAAUUCGACAAUGGGUACCUUUAAUUACACAACAGUCUCGCCUACGGCACGUGUACCAAAUAAUAGGCCUGAAUCUCGGCACCGACGCAGCUAAAUACUAUUUCACGCUACAUCUCACCACGAUGUGCGCCCCUUUCUACACCAGCGAAUCGAUAUCGAGCUCCAAUCCCAAAUGGGCUGAACUGAACCUAAUGAACAUGCCUCAUCUAUCGGCCUCCUGUAUAGUCCUGCGGAUAUGGCAGCAGCUCAAAAACGAAUCCGACGAAAUUAUCCUAACCUGGGGCGUGAAUUUCUCAGGCUUGUGCUAUUUAGGCAGUAAAAUUUCCGAAAUACAACCGUUCUUCUUCAAAAAGAAUUCUGUGAUAUUUUCCAUGCAAGGGGGUUUCUAUACUAGUCACGAGGCCAUUCGCACCGAUUUACAGAAGCCCGUACCGUUUUCGAGCAGCGUUAAUCUCAUAGAUACAUCUAAAAACAAAGUUAUGUAUAAGAGAGUGGCCGUUAAAUCGAACUACCACGAUGUUCAAUCUAGUUAUAACGUAGAGAAAUUAAGGAAGCUCCACCAUUUGCAAAUACAGAUUCGAAAAACCGAGGCGGACGUGCAAAUUCUCCGGGACAAAAUCAACGUUUUGAACGGUUUCCACGAAAGGCCCGACAAAGAUUUCGCUACCGGUGCUCAAAAUAGUGCUGUUAGAUACGCACCGCAGCUCCUCACUAUGAAUUCUUUGAAUAAAAUGCUCCAGGAGAAACCGACUUCCGUUCAGAAACAGGAGAUGCUCAGAAUCAACAAGGAGAUCGAAGUGUUUAAAUUCAAAACGAAGCUGCUCUCGCAGGAGAAAGCUAAGAAAACUGUGAUAAUUAGAAACCUUAAGCAGAAAUAUUCCAGUAUAGCCGAAAGUAACGAAGAAAGAAAUUCCGAUUUGAUGGAGAAUUACCACAAACUAAGCAGAGGAUUGGAGAAACUGAAAGAGUACAGGCGCGAUCUAAACCACCACAAGGAAUUGUACGCGGGCAUUCAGGCGCAAUUGCACCAACGUAGAAGGCAGCUAUUGAAGGAACUCCUGUUUAUAUUCCCCAUCGAAAAGCUCUCCAAUGAAAAGUUCUCGAUUAUAGGCAUACAUUUGCCCAAUUCCGACGUACUAGCGGAUUGCAACGAUAGCGGAUUUUCGGUCGCUUUAGGCUACAUAGCUCACAUAUUAAUCAUGUGUUCGACGUUCCUGCAAGUACCAAUACGAUAUCCUUUAAAUCACUACGGUUCGAGAUCGUACAUCACCGACAACGUAUCACCUUUAUUACCCGAUAAAGAACGAGACUUCCCGUUGUAUACGAGAGGAAAAGAGAAAGCCCAAUUCACCUACGCCGUGUAUCUCUUGAACAAGAACCUAGCGCAGUUCAGGUGGCUGGUGUACAUGAACACCGCCGACCUCAAGGCCACGCUGCACAAUCUCCUCACGUUCCUGCAGGGCCCCAAGGAGCUGCGCGCGGAGGCGGCGCCCUCGCAGAUGAGACCGGACGCGGCGUCGUUGCGCCUGUUCAACAUAUCCAACGUUUCGGAUCCGUUGUUGGAGUGCAUCAGGCAGGAGACUCGCGCGGUGCGGACGAGCAGCCCCAAUAGGAGGAAGUGCGCGCACGGCGAGUGCGGCAGGGGCUUGAGCGAGAUCCUGGCCGUGCCCGAGGCCUAUAUGAACCGGCAGAUCAGCUCGGAUUCGUUCAGGAAUUACGCGUUCGCUCAGAAAGAACGGGCGGGCGUUUGCUGUAAUCGAGGUGAGAUAGGUGCGAUAAAAAUUUCGAACGGUAAGGAGAUCGAUAAAUUAACCGCUACGAAGGGGAUAAGCAUAGAAGAAGGUACGGAUCCUUUGGAUGUUCCUUCGAACACUCUACCGAUUGCUAUUAGUUCGAAUGCGAACCCGCGCGAUAGGGAAGGCUCGAAUAAACUUAACAAUACUGGUUCUAACAGGUUGAGUAAAUCGGUAGGGUCGUAUUCGGAUGAUAAAUUGGCUCUGCGAUCGAACGUCGAAUUGGGAUCGGAUCCUAUACUGAGCGUUUCCGCUGUAGGAACGGCCGAACGUAAGGAUAUUCCUAAGGGAUUGUACGGAAGUUGGCUGAGUAACUCGCCGAAUGUGGAGUUUAGUAGCGGGGAAAUGUCGGAUUCUCCGAGAACUGCGGCUUCGGGGAAGAGUCCACUGAUGGCUAGAACUAACGCCCUUCGUACUACGACUAGUUUUAAUUUGGUAAGGCCCAAAUAGGAUUUGCUGCUAUAUUAGUACCGUACUCGUGUUAAAAUUCCGUACUACAUAUUUGUAUGUUCAUAUUCCAAUGUUUAUUGUACUUUUUAUCGUUUGAUUUUGACGAGAUUUAGGGAAAUUGUCAAUUUUUUUUAAUCCAAUAGCGGUAAGUUUGUUAAACGAAGCAAUUAUGCGUAUACAAUAUGCUCUUAAGUGUAUUUUAACCCAUUCGUACAAAGUUUUUUAAAAAUUUCAACCAAAGAACAUCGAAUGAACUUAAUAAAGCAACCAUUUAGAAAUAGAAAUUCUGUGUAUUUACAAUUCAAGUUAUCCAUAGUUAAUAUAAUAAUACAAUAAUAUAUUUAUAUACAAUACAAUAAUAAUUUCAUUAGUUUACAGCGUAUUUGUUAACUUGUAGCAAACUUAAAUAGGUCACAUUUUCGUGUAUUGACUAAAAGUAAUUUCGAAAGAAAAAUUACUCCAUCCGCAAAACGUUUAUUGGAAUCUAAAGUAAUUUUUCGGUUAAAAUAAACGUGAUUGUUUAAACUUUUAACUUAAUUCCAAAAAAGUAAAACAAACCCCUUGACUACAUGUUACGAGUGCCCCUACGAUUUUUCAAGUCACCCUGUAUUUGGUCAAAAUAAUGAAAAAUGCAUUACUCCGCGAAAAUCUCGUAUAAUAAAAAUAACUAAUUUGUUUUAUGUAAAUUGUUAUACAAAUCUAUACCGAUUGCUGUAGGAAGAAAAUCCUCGCCUACAAUUUUUUUUACCAAGUCUCCGAUUAAAAUUGAUGCCGUUUUAUUCCCAUUCAAUAGAGUAUCAAAAUUAUUUACUGAUAUGUCGUCAGGCGGCGCUUUUUAAACUAGAUUUUAUUGUCAAUCUAGCGCAUUAAAUUACAUUUUAUUAGUCGCUUUUAUAAACGAAGCG